AUGCUACUGAGGGCGGAGGUCUUCAGCUUCAAAUGCGACAUCGAUGAGAAGGGUUCUUUCGUAGAUGACCAAAGGGAGUUCGGCAACAACUACAUCUGCGACGAGCAGGACGCAUCCGUGCAAAGCCUUUUUGUUAUCACACUGGCGACGCAUUGCACAAUGAGUGCACUUGCUGGUGCCAUGAUGGACACCUUAGGUCCAAAAAUAACAUCUAUGAUUGGCCAGUGCUUUCACGUAAUCGCGUGGUCUCUGAUAUCCACUCUGACGGCGGAAUCGAACGUCCGCGUAUACUUGGGCUUUAUAUUUAUGGGCCUGGGAGCAGACACAGCUUUCCUGCCCACGUUGCUUAUUACUCGCCUCUUUCCCGGAGCCGCCGCUACUAUAAUAACACUAAUUGGCUCUGCAUCUUCUGCUUCUUUUGCUAUUCCUCUGAUCUUAAACUCUUAUCUCACUGAUAGUGGCAUUUCAGGGUGCUGGUGGUACGUUGGUUUUGGCCCUUGCCUCUUUUUGUUCGUUGCUGCACUUUCGAUGCCUCUAAAGGCCUUCAGGGUCUUCGAAGAUGAUCUUCCAACGAAUCAAGGCAAUGCACAAACGGACCAGCGUACAUUGUCAGAGUGCCCGCAUCUCUCGAAACAAGAAACAGGAGAACUGACAUCAUCUGCAGAACGCUGCUCAAAGGAGGUGAAGGAGGCGCAGCCAACAGGAGCACCGACGAAGCAUACCUUCUUGAAGACCCUGUUCUCGGAGAGCUAUCUGCUCGUCGUUAUAUACUUCGUUGCGGUGGGAUGGAUUACAUCUUUCUACCAAGAGGCCCAUGACCGCAUCCUGGAACCGACCGCUCUAAACUUCUUAGGGAGUGCACUGCCUUUCUCUUUUAUCCCGUGCAUCAUUUUGGGCAAGCUUUCGGAGGGUAUUGGCAUUUUAGCUGUUAUGGGGAUAGUGAACUCAGCCGGUGUAUUGGCGUACGCAUUUAGCUUGAAGCAAACAGUAGUGACUGGCAUCAUUUCUGUGUUAUGUUUCGUCGUGUAUAUGUCGUUAUUCGUUUCUCAAGUAUUCGUGUACGUGGAAGAAAACUUCCCUGCUAAGUUUUUCGGUCGCCUCAUUGGCAUUGUACAACUGGUGGGCGGCUUGUUGUCUCUCCUGUGCAGUCCACUGUUCCAUUUGACAGUCGGCCUAGGUCCGAAGGGUAUGUAUGUUGUCCAGCUGCCAAUGAUUGGCCUGCUGCUCCUAAUGUAUCUCGUCUUGGCUCGCAUGUGGUGGAUACACCGGAGAUCUCAGGUUUCACGGAAGAAAGAAAAUGACCCUGUAGCCAUAGCAGGGUCUGCAGUGCCGGAACUGUAA